AUGGGAAGCAAUCGAAAUGUUUCUUGUUUUGUAUACAAACAGAUACCAAAAUAUCAAAACACGUAUCGCCUGGAACCCUUCAGAUCUUUCUGCGUCGAGACGGUCGACAAUAUCGUUUCUACCGUAAUGGAAAAUAAAUUAUCACUCUUCUCGUUCUAUCAGUCGGAUAAUGCCUCCAAGUUAUCUAUGGAGAUUUCCAACGAUGUCUUCAAAGCGAUCAACAAGAGAGAUUACGAUAGAUGUAAAAUAGUGGUACAAGUGACUAUCAUACAACGUAUGGGGCAAAGCGUACAUUCCGCCUUUCAGUGCCUCUGGGAUGUGGAACGUGACAAUUACUCGUACUACGUUUUCGAAAAUUCUCACAUAUACGCGUGGUGCUGCGUGUUCGGUCUUUACUACGAAUGAAAACGAAAUUCCCUGUCUCUCUCUCUCUCUCUCUCUCUCUCUCUCUCUCUCUCUCUCUCUCUCUCUCUCUCUCUCUGUCAAUAUUUUAAAUAUCGUACGUACGCUUAUUAAAAAAAGAGAAACUCGUGAAUAUUUCGCCUAGUAUAUAAUGAAGAUUUCAUUUAAUCAAGCGCCACGCUAAAUAGAAAAUAUUUCAUUGUGUACCGUAAAUUUGAUUGAAAGGGCAUGAUCAAUAAUCGUUGGUCGAGCUUAACAAUGAUGCCGCAAGUCACUAGGUCAAUGGUUUCUAUUAAAGAAAACAAACAAGAGAAUAAUUAUGUAAGGGGCAGCUUUGCAAAUUUUUUUGUCAAAAUUAGACACUAAAUAUUUCUUACUCGGUAAAUAGAAAAUAAAAGUCGCAAUCUCUUUUCGAUGAAAUUUCUAUCGGCAAUGUUACGUGACACGUAGCAAAGUCGUUAGACUUGGCAUACUGAGAAACAUUGAUCCGUUAUAAACAGCGUCUGUUGCUAUAGAGUCCUGCCGUCCUACUCAUUUUAUUUCGUCCAAUACUGUUACUACUUCUAUCAUUUAACCGAGCUAAGAAGAAAGAUCAAGAACUUACCGUCCGUCUUCGUUACUAACUUUAGCCUUACUCGUUGGAAGAAUUCAUAACUCAUUGUAUAAUAAUAAAGUUCAGUUCGGAUUCGAGCCUCGGAAACAGCAAAGUCAACGGAGAUUCGACUCUUUAAAAUUGGCUUUUGUCUCUUCGCAAACUCUCCGGGAACUCUCAAUAUUUUUGAUAACUGGAGCCUUGUUAGCAGUUAGAAAUUAAAAUGAUUGAAACUGAAACUUCUCGAAGGGGUUAGUCAUUGCUUAGGAUGAAUUUCUAAGAGAUGGAACAAGAAGAAGCAAGAUCCGCGCGAUCGCUCGUACGAGAAUUUAAUUAAUUGAGUUUGUUCGUACGAAAAGCGAGUUUAGCGAAUAGUCGCGGUAUGUACGAUGAAAGGAAUUGGAGAAAAAGGAAUGUGCAAUUUUUAAUCCGCUCGAUAUAAUCCGUUUUUUCGUAAAGGUUCUCCAAGUAUUAUGCACAGAUCCGAAAAGUAUUCUAAGAGAAGAGAUGUCUACUAAUUAGAAUCUAUGUAUACGAUAAAGGGUCCGAUCGUAUGAAGUCGAGUAGACGCAGGUCUUAGUAAUUACGAAUUAAUUUACGGAUUCUUCUCGUAAUUAGAUGAAUUUAUUAUUAAACCUCUUCGGCGUGUCGGACUAACGAACAUCAGAAACAUUAAAUUGAUACGUAAGGCGAAUAGAGAAAAAGAGAGGAUCUAGUUUCUCUGGUGAGACAGUUACAGGACGGGACAGUAAAAAUAGUAGUACACUAUAAGAGGCAAUCAAUAUCCCUUAUGCUUGUAAUUCUUCGGCCUUGCGAGCUUUUUCAAUCGUCUCGAGCAUCUCGCUUUCAAAGCGGCCGGAGAGACGGUGAAGGCGUCCUCCCUGAGAUCCGUUUCCAUUCCAGCGGGACGUACCGCGGGCUUCGCCAGGAUUAACGUCCUCGGGGAAGCUGCGAAAUUAAGGAGCAUGCAUUCUGUCGCACUAAUGCGCCCUUUUAAAGCAUCCCCGACAAAUGACUCGAAAGAAAAUGAAUUCAAUGCCGGCUGUACUGUGAAUAGCUCGACGAAUAGAACGACGGCAUCCUCCUUGGCCAAUAGAAUAAGACACGUUUAAUCAGGCUCACCUUGUAUUUGGGGAAAGGAAGAUGGUGUAAGGUAGCUAAUAGCUGUGAAAUUGCUUCGUACGCGAACGCUACUCUUCUUAAUACCAGUCUCGCGCUCUCUCUCUCUCUCUCUCUCUCUCUCCCUCUCUCGUAAAAUAAUUUCUCGUUUUCCGUACGUGACGAAUAUCGGCUAUUUCAAAUUGAAUUUCGUAAUAUGACGUGGCCAAAUAUGAAGUAUCAAACGGCUAAACGUUAUCGCGAUAUUAAACGAAUUCCGCCGAUGUUAUCGUUUUAUUCUUCGAAAGCCUCUAAUGCGAUUUCAAUUUUAUCGUACCGAAUACCUCGAAGAUCAGAAUCUCGUAUCAGAAAAUACGUUAAGUUACAAGCCGUAAACGCUUUGAUAACGUUCCGGUCUUUGUGCCCAGAAAAAAUGGCACGAGCCCGACGGCGUACCGGCGUAUUUGCGUCAAUGGAAUCGUUUUUCCUCCGGACGAGAAGUGUUUAAACCAAUCUUUUAGUUCGAAUGAACCGAGCGAAAAUGAAGGCUGACCCACAUGCCGUGUUCCGAGAAAACGCGGCCUUCGACGCUUGUACGGGAAACUGGUUAGGAAAAAAAUUCUUGACUUCGCCGCGGUCGAGGCUGCGCGCUAAUAGAAGGGGGGAGAAAAAGAAGGCAAAAAAAAAAAAAAGAAAAAGUUAGAAAGAAAGAAAAAAAGAGAAAAAUAUAAAAGAGAAAAAAAUGUAACGAAACAGUGAUUAUCUCCCGCAUAGAGCAGUAAAAUUCUUGUGCCUAAUCGACGAAAGCUAAAGAAGAUUCUUUGAAUAGGACGGACUGGUUAUAUGAUACAUAUGAUAGAUAUACCAAUUGCUUUCAAGGCUCCUCGCGAAACUACGCCUAGUUUCCGUGGCGUAAUAAAUUCCAAUUCGGUUUUUCGAUAGGCGAGCUCCUUUAUACGCUCGGUGAUCUUGUACCUUAGAGCGGGUCGUGCUACCGAAAAGGGAUCUCUGGCAAACGGAAUCUCACGGCUCACCGGUACAGCCAAUUUUUUUAUUCGCCUCAUCCUGACCGGUCGCCAUCUCUUCUUCGGGACCUACAAUUACGUGUCGAAUCUCUAUCUUCGUUUCUUUUCCUCUUGAUCUCGAUAGCGAAAUUUCAUUUAGCCGGAUACGUUUAUCCAGGAUGUAUCGCAAUACGUUGGCAUAAUUUCGGAUAAUAUUAGUCAGCUAUCGCGAUACAGCCUGUUCGCGAUUAAAAUUGCUUUCGUUAAAAGUGCUCAUUACGUGUCUCGGCUUGUGAAUGACUUUUGGUUUCGCCAAUUUCUCUAUGAUCUCUUUGUGUCGUUUCCAAUCGUGGUCCCUCGGAGGUGGUUUCCUAGGCUUGGGAAUCCUAAGCUCUACAACGCUGAAAAAGAGAUUUCAUAUUCAAAACGAGUCUGUGCGUCAUUUUGUCGGCCGACAAAAUGAGAAAUUCCAAAAAACAAAAGAGAUUCGUCGUUCAACGAGCCGUUCAACUUUCUAAAAUUUGAUGCAAUUUUGGUCGUCAUUAGCGAGUACAUUCAGGUUGCGAGGAACCAAAUUUGGAAGAUGCCGCGGGAACUAUUGGCAGUCGUCGAGAAAAUCAAAGCGACGUAGAAACGCGCAAAACGGCAAAUUCUCAUUCUAUCUUUCGAAACAGAGGAAGGGAGGGAGGGAGGGAGGGAGGGAGAGAGGGAGAAGGAGCAAUGAUUCAUUAUCACAUCGGUCCCAUCCUUUAUCUUUGACGGAAGCAAGCGAUCCAAAGAACCGUAGAUUCAAAGGAAAUGACGCAACCCUUUUGAUAAAAGGAGAGAAAAGGAAAACGGAGAAGGUAAAAGCCAAAGAAAGGGUAACUCGUUUUACACCGUUGCAAAGAGUAAACUGAAUGUGCGAGUGUACAUUUACGUAUACCGUAUAUGUACGUACGAAUGUCGAGUAAAAGGUUACUCAGGAAUCUAAAUCCGACUUUAUACGGGACUACUCUCUCGCGAGUGGCAAGUGUUCGGAGGACAAUCCGAUUAGGUUCGACCUCUCGUGAAAUCGAGAUCGACGUCGAGAUCGAAAGAUGGUGCGAUUCUUCUUUCCUACGGAACGUGUCCGAUCACUCCGAGUCUUUUUCCACGGGCGAACGAGAGCAAAGUGGAAACUUGUGCAGGCUUUUACUACUACCGUCUCCCUAGCGACGGAAUACUGUCCCCGGGUCCAUUCGAUCGUUAAAAGAUUCUUAUUCGAUCUAACGAAUAAAUUUCGUUUCGUUGAUGAGUUCAUUCGAAAGCGAUCGUUCGAUGCGAUCGUUCUCGAACAUCAGUCGCUUCAAGGAAUCACCGAAAGUAAACGAACGUCGAAAGCUUUCUCAUCGAAAAAAAAAAGAAAAAAAAAAAAAAAAAUAAAAUUAAACGAACGUUUUCGCUCGUAGCAGCACUUAUCGUUUAAUGGAUUGAAUUCUCCCGAAAUAUCCAACGUGAUAUCGUAAAUACGAAUUUUAUAUUUUCUAUCUCGGAUAUAUUGUGUGCAUAAAUACAUAGAUAUCUAGACGCGUGUACUUCGAUUACGUAUCUCGAUUAUAUAAGUUUUAGAAAAGUGCUUUGGCGCAGCUUGGCUCGUGGGAAAACGAAGCCGGAGAUUUUGCACGGUUCUUAGAUCCCUAGCGCGAUUGGAUUUUAUUUCGCGUUUCUGUGUAAGAGCGUUUACUUCUACGCGCGCGUCCGCUCGCUCGCUUACACACACACACAUAUAUAUAUAUACGUACAUACAUACGUAUACAUAUAUAUAUGCGUAUAUAUUUAUACAUUACGCCGAGGCCGUUCUCCGUUGCCAGGAGGAUUCUCCGCGAGAAUAAUGAGAUAGAACGGGCGCGAGCACGGGCCACGGCAUUUUAAAUUCCAAGUACGAACCCACCGCAUUUUCGGCACUGCCAGAACCCGAAUACGACUGGUACACUUCGCCGCGAGUGUCUUUGGAUGAACUCGUUGGUACGGUGGUGGAUAGUCUCUUCUGUAUGAAAAAUACAUUUUAUAAGAUAGUGCCGUAGGUAAGAGGCUGCCGGGUCGGCUUUAAAAGCGACGAGUUAAACGGCUUCGCGCUUACUGAACGUCGUAUUUCUUAGUUACAUAUUUUGGCCGGGCCAUGAUCUUGAUGCGCUUCGAGGCCUUACUCUUUAGUGCCGCGCGAGAAAUAGCAUUUGGAUCUACCUGUUUGAUCGAUCGAUUUUACAUUCUUGCAUCCUCGUAAUCGUUUCGUGAACGAUGACAUUCGUCAAACCUUAGCUUACCACUAUGUUCAUGUCCGUUCUACGAAGUCUUCUCCAAUUUGGACGUGCCAAUAAUCUAGUGUGUUGCUUUCGCGAAAGAUGCGCCAUCGCGUAUUUGAUUCUCUGGGACACCAUAUUUGCGAGGUUAAUACUUUCCCUAAUACCGUUAGAUUAUCGUCGAUUCGAUGGGUUAUAGCCUUAAAAAGACUUUACUCGAAUAAAUCGCGACGUUAUUUUCAAUGCACUCGGUAAACAUGCGAACCGAUCUUUACUUUGUCCGAUUAACCCCAUUAAUUUGGACAGAACGAACCGUCGGAAUGCUGAUGCGAAGGGGAAAAAAAAAAGACAAAAGAACGGAAAAAAGUGUAGAUAGUUUGCACGCUCGAACGUACAAUAGUGAUUUUUUUUUACGAUAAAAACAAUGAUCAAUAAUAAAAAUGAAACAAAAGUGACUCGAUAGUUAGUGGCAGCGACAUUCAACAAUUCGCUUACCGAUUAAACUCGUUAACAAUCUAUUUUCAAUCAGCGGUAUGCGUGACUGGAAAUGGACUGCAAUUUUUCAGAAUUACGGUUCCCAUAUUGCUUGUUAAAAAAUACAAGUCGAGUUCCGGCGAAAAUUAACGCGGGAGAGCGAGACAGAGAGAGAGAGAGAACGCGUCGAGCUUUUAAUCAAUGGUAUCGUCGUUCGAAACAAAUCGGAUAUUUUGCGAGCGUAUGUUCGAUAACCUGUUGGUAGAUUAGUCACAGUUGUAUACACGUUUCGUUUCAUUCGUUAACUUCCCGUACAACCACCAUCGCUUUAAACGAACAUUUUCAAAGAAAACAUUGCCAAAAUUAUUUCGUUAUCCUUCGGAUCGUGCGCGGAUAACGUCGACGGCUAAUCUAUAGCAAAUGAAUCGAGCGAGAGAUGAGGAAGAAGAAGAAGAAGAAGAAGAAGAAGAAGAAGAAGAAGUAGUAGUAGUAACAAGAAACGCGGUGGAUGUAAUUUCGAGCUUGAUUCGGACUUUGAACAUUACGAACAAAAGUUCUACCAACGAAGAACUCUUGAGGGACAUUCGUUUGGUUUUAUUCGUUUUCAGCCAGCUACGAAUACGAUUCACUCAAGCAUCUCUGCUUUCUCUCUUUCUCAAACGUAUAUACACAUAUUCUCUCCUCCUUGUCGUCAACUCUUAUCCGUUCUCGCUCUCUUUCGCUAUCGUUUCGUCUUUCUCUCUCUCUGUCAACCCCGCAUGGGAAAUCUCAAAUACGAGUCUGUUUACCUGGCACUUGAAAUCCCGAAGGAUAUCGAUGAUAAGAUUUUACCGCGCUCGUUCUCACUCUCUCCCUACUCUCCUCAGCCCAGCUCACCCACUUUCUCUCUCUCUCUCUCUCUCUCUCUCUCGUCCUCUUCGUCACAGUUUCAAGUCCUUAGCGGAACAACUUGGAGAAACUAUAGUUUAUACCACGCGUUAAGUACUCUCGAGGCUUUAACGAUCAUGUACCACGUAAUAUGAACAGAUUUGCACGUUUAGGCGACUAUUAAACGAAGACGAAAAUCGGAUCUUGGUGGUGCUCAGAAGACCGCUAAAAGGGUGCUACUAGGAGUAGGUUUCCUGGAUGAGUAGGAACGCUUUUGGAAUCGUUUGUGUAGAACGCGCGGGACGAUAUACCCGCAUUUCUAAUUAAACUUUAAUUACAGGUCAGAGGACGCGGUGUUAUUGGUUUCAGCAAAAGGAAAUCUCGUUAUUAGAGAGCGCUCUUCCGGAAAUCGUUGGUCUCCGUGUAUGCUGAAAAUUCCAUGACUGACGAUAAAAAAAGAGAGGGAGAGAGAGAUAUAUAAAAAUGAAAAAAAAAAGCAGAGGGAGAGGAAUAGAAAGAAUAAAAAAAUAUCUCGUAUCCAUCGUAUGACUAUUUUCGCGAGGCAAGUUCAGGGCUGGCCGGGGGUUGCAGAAUGCAGAACAUUGACAUGGAAAAUUCAAGAGACGGUCAUGGGAAUUGUCACUGGUCGGACUUUAUCGGAUUUCUCGUGGAAGCUUUCGGCAUUGGCACUGCGACAGCUCGUAGCCGAGACAAAACAGCCGCUGUUUUCUCUGAUCAAUUUUCUUUCACUUUUGUCGAAGAGGCUAGCGAGAUAGGGCAGAGAUCGUCAAAUUCUUAAUUCACGAAACGGGAUGAAUCAGCGAACCUGUUUUUUCUUUUUUCCUUCCUUUAUUAUUAUUUUUUUCACCAGAGACGUGCAGGUUUAAGUAACACGGUGGAUUCCGAUUUUCGUUAUACCUCGAAGCAGAAACCUCGUCCCUUCUUCCCAAGGGACAGAAGAAAGUAAUCGUCAGACGAGAAGAACAAAAAGAGAAGAGGGAAAAAGAAAGGAAACAAAUAAAAGAAUAAAAGGGAAAAAAUAAUAUAUAUAUAUAUAUAUAUAAAAAAAAAAACCGCAAAAGCAAGAAAUUAGGGGAAAGUAGGCAAUGGACUUUACGACAAAGGUCGAUGUUGUCGGUACAUAUUCAUGUCUACCAGCAAAAAAGGAUUUUCCUCACUUUUACUAUCUUUUUUUCAUCUCUCCCCUUUCGUUUCCUUUUCGUUGACUUUUAAACGCGCCAGGAUAAAGCCAAGGGGAAAAAGUAUCAAGACUCGCCGUUGCCCCAGCGAGUAAAGAGGCGUUGAAUAACACCAUCCAAAGUUUAAUAUCUGAAAGUCCUUACCUUUUUCUCUUCUCUCUUUUCCUCUACUCGUCUUUCUCACUCUCGAUAGUUUCCUUCCCCCGACCCCCUCCCCUCUCUCUCUCUCUCAUCGUUCUUAUCGUUUUACUAAUUUAAUUCACGCCUUUCGAUGAAAUUUUUCGCAAAGAAUCACUCCGAUUGUUUAAUUAUUCGAACGAAUUAAAGACUUUUACUCUUCAACGUGUAUUUCUUUAUAAAAACAUUACACGAUCGAUAACGCUAUUAAAGUUAACUAUUGAUUUGUAAAAUAGCUUUCACGAGGGAUAACAAUAGGUUAAAUACGAACGCGUUCUCUUAUACGCCUUAUAAAAAACGAAAGUUUGUUUAAACGUUCAUGAUUGAUCGUUUAAUCGUUCUUAGGAGCAAUGAAACGAAAACUCAGCGACUUAUCCUCGUAAUUGCUUAUAAUCUUUGAGCGCGUUCGAGCUCACGUCUACACACAUACACAGAGAGAGAGAGAGAGAGAGAGAGAUACAGACACAGAAGGUUACGUCUAAGAGAUAGACAUUACGUUUCUUCCGCACUCUUGGCAAUGUCUUUCUCCCACAUCGAUUCCACCCCUAUCUCCUACCCCGCUCACUUUUCCCACACUUUUCACGAUCUUUCACGUCUCGGAGCCCACCCACAACCCUCCGACCGAAGGAUAUUAACUCUGAAAAAUAGAUCUUCCGAUAAAAGGAUUCAAGCGAAUAAUAUUUUUCUUCCAUCUGGACUUAGCGAGCCGCCACUUCUCGACGUUCCGGGUUAAGGAAAAGAGCCAAAAGAAGAAAGAAAACGACCGAGGUUGAAAAGACAGAGAGAUAGACGGAUAGAUAGGUAGAUAGGAAAGAGAAAAAACGGAAAACGAAAAGAGUAUUUUUAUAUACGUAUACGUGUAUAUUUUUUUUUCUUCUUUCCUCUUCUUCUACGUAUCUUUAACUCGACGAAGCUCCUCGAGAUGGAUUAGAAUUUUCAUCAUUAGCUUUUAUAUCGGCGAAUUAAAACGAUUGUAGAAUUCUUUUUUCAAGGAAUUUGAAAUAAUACGAGCCUCGUUUAACGCGUUAACGAUUUAAAAUGUCGAAUUCGAAAGAAAUUCUUUUUAAACGUUGAGAGAAAAAAGGGAAUGUCAUGUUACGAAGUGAAAUGGUCAUUGAACGAAUAGAACAAGGGGCUCCCUGGUAUCGUCUGGGUUUAAUUAAAACGCAGAAUGAAAAAGGUCCGGUUACUUUGAAUUCUCGCGAAGACCUAAAGGGAAUCCACCACGGUUACGGGGCUCGGUAGCAAGUUGCCUGUUCGAACUCGAAAAACUUCGGCUUCGACCCCAUUCGUCGUCGGGAUCAGCGUGAAAGAAGAUAGGAGCGUAGUCGAGAAAAGUUAUCUAGCAUCUACGAGAAGAAUCGAGAGCGAGAAUUCUCGUAUUUCUUUCUCUUAGGUUCGUUCGUUUGCUCGGUUCCACUUAGACCCCUCCUUACUACUUUCAGCUACGUCGAAGGCAUAAUUUUCUUGCUUUCCCGCGAGAAACUCGGCCCUUGUUUGAUCGUAAGGUAUUCGUUAAUUAGCUUUAACAAUGCCGAUCACGAUGCACGUUUCUCAGUGCCCCUUAUAUGUAUACAUGUAUAUGUAUACAUGUACAUGUAUACAUGUAUAUGUAUAUAUGUAUAUAUAUAUAUAUAUAUAUAUAUAUAUAUAUGUGUGUGUGUGUAUAUACGUGCUUCUAUUUAACAGAAUUAUCUCUUCCCUUAUAUUCAACGGGACACAUAGAAUAACGCGUUAAAUGCGUUAAAUAAAUAGUCAAAAAGUAAGGGGAAGAAAUAGGAUAGGAAAAGGGAAUGGGCACUUGGCUACUGCCAAGAAUUGUCUUGUACGCGUUCCCAGUCGGUUAUCUCGGCUACUUUAUCUGACAAAACUCGUGAAGCACGGUCCGAGUUCUGUUAAAGCAAGAGAAAAUUAUAUCGCGGAAGUUGAGUACAAGACGGGAGGCGCGAGCUUUCUUAAACUUGCCGCGUCGCACCGCCUUCGCACCGGAAACGUGAAGUAACGAGCUGAGAUAGCUACGCUUUCGGGGAAGUUUUCUCUUGAAAUUGUCAACGUCUCUGUUGUGCUGUCCGUUCUGUUCCCCGUUCUGCUCCCCACCGGAAAGAUAACGUUUCUUUUUUUCCUCCUUCUUCCUCUUCUUCUUCUUCUAGGUUCCCUUUACAAUUCGAACGGACUUGUAAUACAUUUCUCGCGCCAACCCCCUUUCCUUCCUAGAAUUUCAUUAACUUUACCUAUCGAUCAUUUUAAGAUCGACUAAAAGGCUAUUUAUCCUAGACGGAGAGACGGUAUUCUACAUUUUCUUAUAUACGAUAUAUACGCAUACGUAAAAUAUCGACGUUUCUUUCUGCGUGACUGGUUCGCGAACAAAGGGAGGAAUCGGCUUUACAACUUGGCAGACGUUGUUAGAUACCAACCGAUGCCAUUCAUUUUUUUCAAUUUCCGCUUGGACCAGUUUUCCUCGUUUCCAUUCCAAAUUAAUCGUCGAUUAAAUCGUCCGCUCACGCUAUACUCGAUGUGUAAUUCGAGUGAAUUUUUCGUCCGAGCACUCUACGUAUACAUCGAAAGUAAUAAACGUGAAAAUACGAUGGAAUAAAAAAAUAUAAUCUUGCCGAGUUAUAUUACUUUCCCUUAUUGAGAGAUGAAAUUAAACUCAAAUAUAUCAUUGAAAAAUCAUAUGGUCCAGUUUUGAAUUCUCUCAUUAAUAAGUAAUCAACAACGCAUACGAGUGCGUGAGUGCGUGCGUUCGUCGAUCCAAACGCAAUUUUCGAGCACCGGCUUGCAUCAACAGGAUAAUAAAAGCUCUCAAAGUUUGUUCUUAAAUAGUCACCUAUGAAAUUCGAUAUUUCAAUAUGAUUUAAUCUUUUUAGGUAGUUUAACAAAUAGACGGGAAAGAUUGGUUUCUAUGCUGUAAAGAUAAAACUUGAUUAAUAUCAAAUAAUGAAGUCAAAGUUCGAUUAGGAAAAAAUAGGAGAAGCCGAAAGAACGAUACGGCUUAAGUUUCAACUACAAUCUGUUCUUUUUUUUUUUUUUUGUUCGUCCCUUUUCGAUGUACAUUCUAGCGGCAGCCACGGUCAAAGUAUCGACAAAAUCCAAGGAUUAUGGUAUAAGCUCGCAACUCGAAGAGUUGCCCUGGAAGAUUAACCCAAGUCUCCUUAUGGUGGAACAAUCUCGAGUAUGUUGGCCUUCCCAUCUCUUGAGAAGUUUCAAAAAGGAUGAUUUAUCGAUAAGGAGGAAAUUGAUUUUUGCGUGAUUGUUGAUUUGUCUCCAAGAUUACCUUCAAAUCCAUUCAUCAUUAUAAACGCCACAAAGAAAACUAUCGAUGGAUAUUCGAUUUACAAAUAUCUUAUAUCUUUCGUAAUCAUGGAACGACACAAAUUUUCUUCUUUCUACCUUUUUCUUUUUCUUUCCCAAGUUUUGCCCUUUUUUACGCGCGCACCUACGCACAUACACAUACGAUGUAGUUAGGAGUAAUCCUAAUAGCGAUCUCUUCAUAUUUUAUGCGAUAAAUAUGAUAUAUAGAAGAGAAAUAUUUUGUUUACAAUGAAAUUGUCAAUGUUCGUUAUAAAUUUAUUAAUCAUGAUUUCAUUGCCCUAAGUAUAUUAUUUUCGAUUUGUAAAUCAUUGAUACUUUACCAUUAAAGCGAUUAAAGAGAUAUAUCAUUUUGAACGAUAACAAUGCCUAAUAUAUCAAACGAUAACCUGGCAACAAACCAAUAAAAAGUAUUUUAUUUUCGAAUACGACGCAAUCGAAAUAAACGUCAUUUCGAAAGACUUGAAAACAAUAAUUCGUCUUAACCGAGAUAAAAUAGCUGAUUUUAAAGAAGCCGAUAUUAUUUCGUAGAAUUUCUGAUUGAUUGAUAUUGAAAAGGAAAUCAAUUGUUCCAGAAAUUGUAUAAACCCAAUAUGUCAAGAGAAUAAUAUUCGGUAUGAUAAGGCGGAAUUUAAAAAAGCGUGUCACGUGGUGAUCAAAUAACACUCUAAAUCGAUCGAUUUAUCAGGAAUUCGAUAAAUCUUACAUCCGAAAGAUUUUAAACAAAUUGUUAUUUACGAUAUACGAAACCAAUUCUUUAUCUCUGAAAAAUUUAAUUUUUCCUUAAUCAACGAAGCAUUGCAUAAAACAUUAUGGUCUAGAUCAGCUUCUUAUACAUACAUAUAUACAUAUAUAAAUAUAUAUAUAUAUAUAUAUAUAUAUAGAAUUAUUAUUAUAUAUUGUAUAUUGCAAUCAAUUCUUAUGUAUGUUUAAAUGCCUGCUUAUUAUGCCGACUAAUCCGAUGAAAGAUUUCCUUCGAACGCAUUACUACCACUCAUCGAAUUUUUUAUGGAACCAACAAUAUACGUUAUCUCUGAAAUCAACUUUUGUCCAACGAGUUUAAGUGAUUCGUCAUACUCUACGCUACGAACAUGACGUAGCUAGCACGAUUCAUCAAUUAUUGUCGUAUUCAUUAAUGGUGUUCAAAGUACAUGGCUCUCGAUGAUCGCAUGA